GAAGUUCAUGCGAGAGUUCGUGAUCAGUUCCAUAAUGGAGAAUCAACCCAUGCAAACCAAUGCUGUAAAUAACUCCUUAAUCUACCCGAAUUUUGAAGCUUUGUGUUCCACUUUCAUUAAUGAACUUAGCGAUGAUGAAUACUUCGAGAGUUUGCCUGCUGGCUAUCGUUUUAAGCCUACUCAUGAUGAACUUAUUGUUCAUUACUUGAUGAAAAAGAUCAACCAAGAGAUGCUGCCUCGCAAUAAGAUUAACGUCGUUAAUCUAUACGAGUUCAACCCAGAAUUACUUGCUCACGUAUACAAGUCAAGUGGAGAGAACGAGUGGCUCUUUUUUACACCGAGGAGUAAAAAAUACAAAAAUGGCAAACGACCAAAUCGAGCAGCAGGUAAUGGAUUUUGGAAAGCGUCAGGAGCCGACACUCUAGUCAAGCACAAUGGUGUAGAUGUUGGAUCUCGAAAGACUUUGGUUUACUAUACAGGAAAACCUCCAAAGGGUACAAAGACCUCUUGGAUCAUGCAUGAAUAUACAGUGAAUAAUCCGCCACCAGUGCAACAAUCGAGUGCAGAUGACAUGAAGUUGGACGAUUGGGUUCUGUGUAGGAUCAGAAAGAACGAGAAUAGAAAGCGAAAAAGGGAUGAUCAGAUUCAAGAACCAGAUAAUGACAUUUAUGAAGAUGAAGGUGCAUGUCACCAAGAAAAUAAACGUAGAGCUGCUGAAGACGCCAUCAAUGUUGCACCAGAAAACAUUUUGCCUUAUAAUAAAUCCGAGAUUGCAGUGGCCGAUUGCUUUAUCAACAAUAAUUAUCAGAAUCUCCCUAACGCGGAUGUUCAUAAUACUCUAUCUAUUCCCCAACAUCAGAACAUAGUUACAUACUGUAAUCCCAUUGUGCCACCAAAUCAUUCCAUGGGAGGUUAUGUUUACAGCCCAUAUCCAGUUAGAUCUAUGGCGGACGUGAAAGGAGGACCAUAUGGCCCAUAUCUGGAGCUCAUUGGAAUUCCAGAGACAAACAUAAACGAGUUCUUUGGUUCGGUUCCUGGUAGACAUUAGGAGAGCCCUGGAUUGGACAGUACCGACUCACCAAAUUCAGUUACUUUUAUAGAGUUGUAGUUUUCUGGAGAACAUCAAGUUUGUGUUUCACGAGGUUUAAGUAUAAACAUAGCAUUUUCCUGCUUUUACUUGUUUACUUGAAUUUGUUUCUA